AUCGAAAGACAUCGUUGCUAAGGGAUCAAUGCAUAUUCAUUCGCAUAUGCAUCGGCAUUUUUGCUACUCACAGAGUAACAAAAAUGGAUUCUUCUGACAUUUACAGAAUAAUUCGAAUCAAAUUCAGGUACCAAGCAGCAAAUUUUUCACAGUUAUGUUGUCGUAGUCCAUAUUGGACACGCGCUAUUCAGUGUAGCAUCUUUUAACUUCCUAAAUUUAGGUCACACGGAUAUAUGCUCAAGUCAUUUCUGAAAAGCUAACUACCUUGGUAUUAGCCACCUCCAACAUCAACGGUUUUUUUGACCAGUUUGCUGUACUCAGCACAGUGCGGAAGAAUGGUAAGCACCCACGAUACCGCUGUGCCAUCUCUGACAAUGCAGAAUCUCGUUGUAAUAUAGAAUUCGUAGUCCGUCAAUUUUGAUUUUACAAAAUUCAAAAUACAUCAGUGUUACUGUUAGGUCUUUGCUUGAAGCCACUUUCAUCUUAAUGAGGACGGUUAAAGUUACAGCGGCUGUGAGUGCCUGUCCUCAAUUUAUCAUCUGUGAUAAAGUCAAGAUUCACGUGGCCUAUGCACACUGGAUAUCAUCAUGUAUUUUACAUGUAUAAAAUCAAGAGGAGAGCUGCCGCCCUUUUUACGACCUUUAGAAAAAGGUCGUAACUAUCGAGAAAUCAUAAAGUUCGUUUUUUCGAUUGUAAUUCUAAUUUUAGUUAUUACGUACUAUAUUACACGUUUAGUUAAGACAUUUUUUUAAAUUAUAUUAGCAUGAAGAACAUCUUUAGUGGAAUAAAAUUAAGUAUUUAUUCUUGCAAUAAGAUUUAUUUUCUUGAUAAAGCGUUAUUGAUGUAAUCUUUGAGUGUUACCUUGUAAUUAUAUAUGUUGUAGCUGACUAAUUAAAUAAACGGCACUUGGCGACUAAGUACAGCUGCGAUUUUUCCACAAACUGCUCAAUGAUUAUAGCUGACUUUUCUGUAACCUUCUCAAUCCAUCGGGCAACUAAAAAUCGUUCAUACAUAUGAAAAAGGUAUAUUACGCGCCUUUAAGGGGUCUAUAACUUCGUUAUAAAAUGCUUGCGUUUAAGUGAACGGUACGAGAAAAUAAUAAUUUGCUUUGAGAACUGAAAUAUAAAAUUUGAAUUUCCCGCAGUAAUGCCUCUUUCUCUUUAGGGUGGCUCCCUCUAUGUAUCAUUUGCAGCGCACGUGUGCUAGUCAAAAAAUAGAGCGCGAGUAGUGUGGUGGUGUUCUAUUGUGUAGAAGCAAAUGGCGGACAGUUGCUCGUUCGAAAAGUUGAUAGACGAAUUGUAAGAGAUCUGUUCGGUACGUUUACCAAACUGAAAGUCCCCCUCAAAUGAUCACAGUUGGUUCAACAUGGCGGAAAUUGCCCUGCGAAAUGUAGAACAAAGUGUAGAAGAACUUGAACAGCUUGAACGCAUAGGUCUAUUUGAUAAGCUGGAAAUUAAGACAAUUGUUAAGCGUCGCAAACACUUCGAGCAUCGGCUGCGGCGUUUCGUCAAAUCUCGUGCGGACUUCCUUCAAUACAUUAACUACGAACUGUCGCUUUAUCGACUAAUUCAAAAGCGCCGUGAACGGAUGAAGAUUUCCUACAAGAAAAGUGAAAUUGACCAUUCUAUCAGUCGAAGAAUCGAUCUUCUUUUUCGGAAAGCUGAAUAUAAGUUUAUUGGUGAUAUUUCGCUGUGGUUCUCGCACAUCGAGUUCUGCAAGCUCGUGAGAUGGAAGUCACACGCUGCACAAUUAUUCACACGUCUGCUGCAGCUCUAUCCAAACCGGGUUGAGGCGUGGGUGGCUUGCGCAAAAUUCGAAUUUGAGGAGCGCGGAGAGGUAGACUCUGCCCGAAAGACGCUUCAACGGGGCCUACGGUUUCUAAAGGAUAGUCGUAUCCUUUGGGCGGAGUACUUUCGUAUGGAGUUGGCUUAUUGGGAGAAAAUCAACAAGCGCCAAGAGGUUCUCGAGCUAGACAGUGAGGAAGCACGGGACGCUCUUUUCGAUGGAGAGAUUCUCUUGAUCGUCUUUCGACACGCCAUUGAACAAAUACCACGAGCUGAAUUCGCAAUCGAACUGCUACGGAUUCUCAAAAGCGUUAAGAAUUCCGGUCGCAUAUACGAAAGAAUCUUGCCAAUAAUCGAGGAACAAUUUUUGAAUUCGUCUGUUCUAUGGACCUUUAAAGCAACUUCAAGUAAAACUGUCGGUGAAGCGUUUACAGUUUUCGAGCAAGGUUUAGUCGAAUGUGAAGAAAACAUUGACCUGUGGACAGAGUAUAUCCAGUUCGUGCUACAGCGAGCUACCGUCACUAAGCAGCCGAAGUACGUUCAGAAAGCACUGCAGCUCAUGGCUCGUGCUGGUAACAAUUUGCCUAAAGAGCUUACUUUGGAACGAGUUCGCCUCACGCGUGAUGUUGAGCUUUCAAGAAUGGCCACAGAGCGAUUCUAUGACGAUCUCGAAGCGUGGACCAUUCGAUUGCUCCUGGAGUGCAUCACACUGGCCCAAAAUCAAAAUGGUGAUACUGCUGCAAACGAGAGGGAGGAUGAAAUAUGGUCAGUGUUCGAAAUGGCCGAGCGAGCUUGUCUUUCGCAUAAGGAUGUCACGAGUUUAUGGAAAGUUAUUCUCACAUUCUACAAGGAAAAAGGACAGUUCACUAGGCUAAAAUCCGCACUAGAGCGCGGCAUCCUCAAGCCAGGAAUAACGGGAAUUUUCCUAAAGGAGUUUCUAGUUGACGUUACGUUGUCCAACGCAGAUUCAACAGCGACACUGAAAUUAUUCAAUCGUCUUGUGGCAUUAAAGCCACUCAGCAUGACAAUCUAUGAUAGGUUUCUGGAUACAUUUGUUGAAGAUGCUACCAUGGUUCGCAAUGUAUUCGAAGAGGCGAUCCGGGAAUUCGGAAAAAAUAAUGAAGAUUUGUGGUUGAGCUAUAUCACGUGGGAGCAACAAAACGGAUUUGCUGAUAAUUCGGGCAUAUUAUAUCAAAGGGCACUCAACUCGCUGGAAGGCGCCCAUGUUAAGGAGUUUGUCUUAUUAUAUGCGCUGCAAACGCAGCUAACUUGAUCUCUGAUAUUAAAAUAAAAAAGAUUUUCAGUUUCUAUGGGCUCUUCCAUUGGCGUCGUAAAAAAUAGUAAAGACCAGAUAUAAUUCUAGAUACACAAUGCUUCAACUGGUACAUUCACCGCUCAUCAAACUAGUGUCCAGUCAGCGGCAGCUUUUUGGAUUUAGUCAUUCGAUCUACAAGCUAUGAAUGCGCUUAGUGGAAAAACAAGCAAGUUUACAUCUAAUUAAUUUAAUUUUGCUUGGUUAAUACUAUCUCAUGAGCGUAAUACGUCAUAUAAUUAUUACAAGAAAAUUGUUGUUGCCAACUGAUCAUUUGUAAGCGAUUCGUAGAUACUGAAUUCAAGAUGAAACGGCUGACAGCGUAUAACCUGACUGCGGGUUUACACUGAUCUAAGAGGAAAAACAACGGAUUUGAUAUAUCUGACUGAAACAGAUGAAUACAGUUGUUCACUGCAGUAAUCACUCAAUGGUUCAAUGGAUAAUUCAGCAAUCUGUAAGAUCACACAGGCGAUGUGGAAGUAUAUAGGCAAAAACUUACUAAUCAUAAAAACAAGCGAAACGAGCAGAGUUCGAAACCGGAUGCAGAAAAAACACAUCUUUUGUAUAGGAAAUCAACCGUAUACGGUAAUGCUUAGAACAAGGACCGAUCAUGUAACCAGGUGUUUGCCGAAUAACCCGCUAUUAUUUCUUUCUACGACGUUUAAACAUAUCGUAAUACAUGCCGAUGUGUAUAUUCGUCUAACGUGAACCUUUACUAAAACACUGUUUCGAUAAAGAAACGUUCGAAAUCUUAUCUACCAUGGAAAAGAUUAUGUCAAUAUAUUGACAACAUUAUUAUGCCACGCAUAACUAAACGGUGGGGCUUACUUGCUAAUUACGGAUGAACCAGGCCGUACCAGUGAAAAUGAUGGUUAUGAUAUUUGCCGUUGCCUACUCGUAUUAAUUAAUCUUUUUUUCUAUAACUUUAUGUGAUAAGGAAUUUUCUCCAUAAGCUACGGACAAUACAUGGCGCAAUAGGAAGCAAUGAUCGUUAUGAUAGUGCAGAAACAGCAUUUCUAGGCCUCACUAAAGCAAUACCUAACGGCUUGAGUACCGGGCGCAAAAGCUAAAAAAUAACAAAUUCAAGUCUUAGUUCAACAUUCUCAGGUGUGUAUGCAAUUUGGUAGAAUUGUACAAUUAUUCUGUAAUUAUAGAUGUCAGUAAUUAAUAAAAACUGGUUU